AUGUCAUCAGAGCGGCACACUACUGCAUCCUUCAGCUUAUUAUCAACUCCCAACAAUGACAGCGAAGUUCAGAGCUGCUCGCCUAGUCGCAGCGAGAGUCAAAGCCUCUUCAAUUCCUAUGGAGCCGUAAAGCCAAACCAGGUUACUUUGAUAGUUCUCAUCUCAUACACGACUGUGGGUAUCUUGGUUUAUCACGUCUUAUGCGCUCUGGCAGAGGUGGCUUCUCCAGAGCCGUCGACGGUUGCCGAUCAUGCUGCGAGGUUAUGUGACCCAUCUCUUGGUUUCACAAUAGAGUGGAUAUACUGGCUGAAGUUUGUGGUGGUCGCACCUAACCAAUUAACCGCGGCAGCACUGGUAGUGUCAUAUUGGUUGGAUGUCGAUAUCGUCAAUCCAGGCAUAUGGAUAAGCGUGUUCAUGGUGGUCAUACUUGGUGUGAACUACUGGGGUAGUCGGUUUAUGGGUCAAUAUGAGUUCAUUCUGUCUUCUUUUAAAAUCACGGUGGUGGUCGGACUUAUGGUCUUUUCCCUGAUUUUAGCGCUAGGCGGUGGCCCUGAUCACGAUAGGAGAGGAUUUCGAUAUUGGAAAAGUCCGGGUGCCUUUGCUGGGGAUCAUACGGCUAUUGGGAGACUUCGCGCCAUAUGCUGGACGAUGCCUUCGGCUACCUUUGCAUAUCUUGGAAGUGAAUUGAUCGGGAUCAGUAUUCUACGUACGAAAAAUACGCGCAAGGCUGCGCUGCAUGCAACCAAGCUAACGUUCUACCGGAUACUGGUUAUCAACAUCGUUAUCGUGACCUUCAUCGGUAUGUUGGUUCCGUUCGACGCCAAGGAGUUGGAAUUCGCUAGGGUAAAAUCAAGCUCGAGACUGUAUACGAGAGCUGCUUUAAUAGGAGACAAGCAGCCUGCCGCCUCAUCAGCAGCCGCUUUCGUAGUGGCGGUUCAGAUAGCCCACAUAGCUGUGGUACCGCAUAUUCUCAAUGCGUGUUUCCUUUUAUUCAUAUUAUCCGCAGCAAACCAUUCCCUCUUUAUGGCAACACGGACUCUUUACGGUUUAUCCCUCUCACGAAACGCUUUUGCUUUCCUGUCUCGCCUUGACCGUAGGGGGACUCCGGUCUAUACUCUCUUCGUAUGCUCGGCGAUCGCCUCGCUGGCAUACCUGAAUAAUCAGGAAGAUUCAAAGUGUCUCUUUAACCACUUUGUGAACUUAGUCACCAUGUUCAGCAUUCUCACCUGGAUCUCGAUUCUUGUGGUACACGUUAAGUUCGCAAGGUCUCAAAAUACAAAUGCUGAGACGAGCCCGCUCGUGUUCAAGGCUCCUUUUGGGGUUGUUGGAUCAUGGGCUGCCCUGGCCUUCUGUGCAUUUUUGACGAUAAUGAGGGUGUUUGACACGGUGGACUCUGAUGGUGAUCCUAACAAAUUUGAUUACAAGGCAACCAUCACAUCAUACAUGGGAAUACCAUUGUACUUAAUGCUGUUCUUUGGUCAUAAGAUUUUUAACAGAAACCGAAAGGCUCGGCGGGAUGCAGGGCCAAUUGAAAUGGCGUCAUAG